AUGCUUUUCCAAGUCGCUGCAGAUGGUCGCAAUGUUGUGCCGCUUGUCGUAAAUGGAGAGCCCCUUCCCAUUAACGAAUCCAAGCUCUACCCGGUGGUUUCAGCUAGGACCAAUAAGACUGUUCACUACUAUCAGUCUGCUUCGACAUCUGACUGCUCUGCUGCUUGUGAUGCAGCGUGGCAGGCAUUUUCCCGUGGAAAUGACAAAAACGGGCCCUGGAAACGUGUCGGUGUCGAAGAGAGAAGAAGCCUCCUAGAAAAUGUCGCCAGUCUCAUAAUCGAGCGUGAGGAGACCCUGGUCAAAGCUCAGAUGGAAGAAACAAGCAGUGGUGCAUUGUGGGCGAGAAUGAAUGUGCAAACCACCGCCAAAUAUGUUCGAGAGCUCGCCGCUUGCGUGUCUAGUAUAAGAGGCACUAUCCCCCCUAACGAUAAACCUAACACAAUGGCAUUCGUUUAUCAGGAUGCAGUUGGCCCUGUUCUGAUUAUUCCUCCGUGGAAUGCAGCCUUGAAUCUGUGCACCCGUGCUCUUGCAGCAGCUAUUGGUGCUGGCUGUACAACCGUCUUGAAGGCGUCUGAGCUUUGUCCAUACACGCAUACCCUGAUCGCAGAGAUUUCGCUGAUGCUGCCAAUACUUUUGGAAUUGGGAGGCAAAUGCCCUGCAAUCGUCCUCGACGAUGCAGAUCUUGAGAAAGCUGCCCAAAAGUGUGCAAUGGGAAUUCUCAUUCACCAUGGCCAGAUUUGCUUCGGUACUGAGCGUAUCAUCGUUCAACGCAAAGUUGCAGAGCCUUUUACGAACGCCUUGAUCGCCACUGUAAAGACGUUUGAGGGAACUCCAGAGUUCGCUGGAACUGCAGUCUCUGAACAAAUCGCCCGACAUGCUUUGAUAGAAGACCGUCUAAACUCAUUGGUUCCUGCUAUCGUUGUAGUUGAUGUGAAUAUGGAUGCCAAUGAAGUACGGAUCGUCGAUGAAGAGACUUUCGGACCGAGCGCGAGUCUGUAUAUCGUUAACACAGAUGAAGAAGCCAUUGAACUGGCAAAUCAAUCCGCCUUUGGCUUGAAUGCGACUUUUCAUACACAGGAUCUUGAGCGUGGUAUGAGAGUUGGGCGUGAACUGGAAUACGGCCAAGUGCAUCUGAACUGGGAGACUGUUUAUGUUACCCGUGAGUUAUUCUCGUUCACACGAUCUAUUGUUUGGAAUUAA